AUGGCCGCCGCCGGUGGCGCGGUGUGCGGGUUGCUGUUGCGCAUGCGGGCGCGCACGCGUGGUAUGCUGUGGCGGGGAGGUCCCAGUAACCAAGGUGAGAAGAUGCAAAAGAUGUGGUAUUCUUUCCUGCCCUGUUUGCUCUUUUUACAACUUGAAGCUAAUCCUGGUCUUAAAGUGAGAAUUACUCAGAAAGGGCUGGAUUAUGGCAGGAAGAUUGGGAUAGAGCUACUGAAGCAAAGAGUACUGAAAGAGACCUUCCCAAGCUGGAGUGGGCAGGAGAGUUUCUCCAUUGUGAAGGUGAAUUAUACAAUCUCAAGGUUCAGAGUUGAUGCUGUAGAUAUACCAGAAACUUCUGCUUCCUUUAUUCCUGGCACUGGUGUUAGUCUGUCAGUGGCACAUGCUUCUGCUAUAAUCAGUGCAGACUGGAGAGUGAAAACAUGGCUACUCAAAGACCAAGGAGGAUUUACCCUGUCCAUCUCAGAACUAUUCAUUGCAAUUGUCUUCAAAGUAUCACGGGACAGCACAGGCCACUUGUCUGUGUUGCUGCACAGUUGCCAGCUGAGCAUCGGUAGUGUAAAAGUCAAAUUAAAUGAAGGAUCUAGCUGGAUCUAUAGUUUCCUAUCUGGUUACCUUGAGAAGGCCAUUCAUUCUAAACUGGAGGAAAAUAUAUGCCUAAAUAUCAAAUACAAAAUACAGUUGAUGGAUGCACAGCUUAGAAAGCAGAAGGUCUUAAGCCAAAUAGAUGCCUUUGCACAAAUAGACUAUUCCCUAGUUAGUUCUCCAGCAGUCUUCAAAUCACACAUUAACUUGGAUUUGAAGGGCACAGUCUAUCCAGUAGGAAAUCACACAGACCCCCCCUUUGUGCCUGCUCCGUUUGGUCUCCCAAACAAAGGUGAUUCCAUGCUCUACUUAGGAGUCUCCAGUUAUUUUCUUGAGUCUGCUACAUUGGCUUACUACAGAGCAGGGGUCUUUAAUAUCACCAUCUCCAAAGACCUAGCUACUACUUUUAACCUAACUACAGCCAUGCUGAAAGAUUUUGUUCCUGAGCUUGCUCUGCAUUGCCCAACAGCAUGCCCAGUGCUUCUGAAACUGAUGGCUACAUCACCACCUGUUGUCAGUUUGCAGUCAGACACGUGCAGACUAUGGAUCACUGGGUCUGUAGAGGUGUUUGCUGUUCUGCCAAAUUCAACCAUCCAGUACAUCUUUACAGGGAAUCUAACAACAAGUACCAGAGGCAAUUUGACAGUAAUCAAACAGAAGCUGAUCAUCUCAUUACUUCUGAAGAGGCUCCAGUUCUCCCUGGUGCACUCUGCUGUUAGAUUCUCUCAGGUCUCACUGGUGGAGAAUUUGCUGUCUUACACUUUACGGAGGGUGCUGAUCCCAGUAAUCAGUGAUAAAUUAGGAAAAGGAUUUUCUCUUCCUAACUUGGCCCACACCAGCCUGGUUGGACCUGUAAUAAAAAUGAAUCAGGGUCAUCUUGUGAUUUUCACUGAUGUUCACUAUGAACAUGAACAAGGGGAAGAUGAGGACCUUCGCAGACACCCCUAAUGCCCCUUUUCUUUCAAAAAAUAAUAGAGAAAAAAGAGGUCUUUCUUCUUUUGGCUUGUAUGGAAUAGAUGCUAUAACAUUAGAAUCUUGGAUCUUGGUCACUAUUUUUGAUGUUUCUUCACUUUUCAUAAACCAAAUCUGUUGGUUUUUUAAUAUAGUGGGUAUAGCUGACUUUUAUUGAUGCUUUAGAAAACUUGUUUCAGUCUGAUGGGAAGGAGUGACUGGGUUUUCUUGUGUUAUAAACACCAAGUUUUAUUAAUUUCAGGAACCAGUUAUUGCAUUAUUCAACUUAUCUCCAUUAGUGUUAGCGACGUUUUAUGUGUAGAGUGAGAUCUUAUUUUUUGUAAUAUUUUUACAGUUUGUCCCUUUGUAACUGGAUACCA